AUGGCACUAUCCAAGGAAUCGGCGGCGCCCCCGUAUCUGGAGCGUGACGCGCUUUACAUCCGUCUCCUCUCGACGAAUAUCGAGGGAACGUACAUCUGGGCGCUUGUCUUCGUAGACGCCAGCGGCUUUACCCAGCGCUACGAGUGGGCGAUGCCGCCGCCACCUCCGAACUCAAAAAGGCGCCCGCGCUCGGCGGACCAAUACUCCGCUCCGGAAACGUUCAUCUGCGGCCCGCUUGCGCCCGCAGCACCGACAGGCACUUUGGGCUUCUUCAAACUGAGCUCCUACGUUGGUGGCCUACAUCACGACGUGUUGAGGGAGGAUGUUGGGCCAGCUGUCUUCCGCCGUAAUGCAACUAGGGUGGGGGGCGGUCUGCCACCGGGAACCGCAAGUGGCGCGUGGGCCAUAGGCGCGCUCGCGGCAUUGCGUGAACGCGGGUAUCUACAUCGAGAUUCGCCAUCGCCUGAAGGCCUACUUGAGCGGCAGGCUAUUCAAAACUCCCGUGCGCGUAAUAUGACAAUGAUAACCACCCCUCAUACACGAUCAUGCCCACGUCCCAUCCGAUACCUCACGACCCUUAUAUUCCACCUGGCCUUCUUGCAAUACCCGGCCUAUCCGUAUGCCAUGCUGCACGUCGCCAUCACCCAGACUCACCCUCCUCAUUCUGCCUAA